AUGGCGAGAGAAAGCGGCGGCGGAGGCGGCGGCGGUCGGAGCAAAAGAGAAACCAAAGCAGGCGCGUUCUUCACGGCCACCUUAGUGAUGUGGACCGUCUCCGUCUUCUUCGAAAUCCUCUUCAACAAGCGGUCGGAGCUCAUCCCCAUCCCGUUAGGGUUUGUCUUCUUCCAAUCAGCAAACGCUGUCGUUCGGAGACUCGUGUCGCGCGACCCGCUCUUCGUCAACACGUUCAUCUCGCUCCUCCAUUCCUCAAUCACCUCCGCCAUCGUGGUUUUGAUAUUGCUCAAUCAGUCGACAAGAAUCAAUGUCGACAAGAUGUUUGAACACUCACAAUUGGUGGAGGCAUAUUGGCCUUUAGCUUAUCAGGCCCUAUGCUUUUCAUCCGGGUACUUUGCAUACGACCAGUUGGACAUGUUGCUUUACCGGUUGUACAGUGGUUUGAUCCCGGCGAUUCUUGUACAUCACUUGGUGCUACUCGUUUGUUUUACCCUUGCAUUGUACCGGAAGGUCACGAUCAACUACCUUAUUCUCACCCUUAUUUGCGAGCUACACUCGAUAUUCCUUCACGUCCGAAAAAUACGACGAAUGGCCGGCAUUCGAGACGCGAGUUCCAAGAGCGUUAAAGUCGAGUGGAUUCUCAACUGGUUCACAUUUGUAUUUGCCAGAUUAUUGCCUCAUAUUUUGAUCACGUUCAAACUGGUUAAAGAUGCUCCCAAUUUCGAUAAGGGUAUCGAGCUACCACUUGCUCUAUUUGGUAUGGCGGGAAUGAAUCUGCUCAAUAUAUUUCUGGGGAUUGAUCUUUUUAACGCUUACAGAAGAGAAAGAAAACCGAAGGUAGGUCAUCAUGACCAUCACGAAUGA